CGCCGCUGGAGGGCGGACUCGUUCAAGGCGAAACCGGACGUUGAAGUUACCUCCGCCGAAGAAGAAGAAGAAGAAGAAGCGGAAAGAAAACAAUCACACCGGAGGAGUUUGUUGUUGUUGUUGUUCUUUUUUUUUAAAUUAUUAUUAUUCAUUCACGUUGUUUUUAGCUCAGUUUUCGUCAUUAUUGUGAAGCUCGGACACAGCGGACACCAUGCCCGUUAUCUGCGCCGCAAUAGGCUGCAACAACAAGUUCGUGAAGGGCUCAGAAAUCAGAUUUUACAGGUUCCCACUCAGCAAGCCCCAACUUGCCAGCAAAUGGGUGAACAGCCUGGGGAUGAAAAACUUCAUCCCUACCCCCAACACCUGCCUCUGCUCGGAGCAUUUCCGUACCGACUGCUUUAGGGACUACAACGGCAAACAGUUUCUGAGAGAGGAUGCCGUGCCCACCAUAUUCACCCAGGGGCAGGAUUCAUCAAAGAUCGAACUUCGUAAACGAGGGGUGAUACCGAAGGAGACACCCGUGGUGACUCCAAUGGUAACACCAGCAGACAGAGAGCGACAGAGAGAUGCCAUCAAUGUACGGAGGGAGAAAAGAGGAGGGAUGAGGGGUGGACGUGGAAGCCGUGGAGGGAAACAAAUGUCUGACAGACAGAGCAUGGGAGCCAAGAGCAGAGUGUACGACAGCAAAGGCCGACUGCUCUCCAACAGCAAGGACAUGUGUGACUGUCUGGACGUGGAUUGCAUGGGCUGCUUCUAUCCGUGCCCCGAUUGCGGCUCGCGCAAAUGUGGAGUGGAGUGCCGCUGCGACAGGAAGUGGCUUUACGAGCAGGUGGAGGUGGAGGGUGGAGAGAUCAUCCGGAACAAGUUUGCUAUUUAGUUAGCAGCGACUUUUGUGGGAAUCCAAAUGUGAACUCAGCUGCAAAGUCACGGACCUUUUUACAACUGAUGUUUUUUUGUUUUAAAGGAAUCAUCCAUGAUUGUGUUGUUAUGAUAUUUAUCACAAAGCUACUGUCCCUGGUAGUGAAGUAUGAAAAACAGUUUAACUAUUUGAAUGAUGAAUAGAUCAUGGAUGUUUAUUUUGUUGUUCCUGUCUCCUUUUAAAAGUUUUUUUUUUUCCUUUUGUGUUCUGUGUUAAAAAUGUGUCUUACCUGUGUCAAUAAACUCUUUUCACAAUGUUAUCUGCGAUGUUGAAGUGCUGUAACAUCUGCAGAGGUGGAAAUAA